CGAGAGGAAUCGAGCAAAUCGUCUCCAAUUCCCACAAUCCAACUGCGAUUUCGAUCGAGGCUAGGCCACCUCAACCCCGCGUCGAUCGAUCCGUCCCGCCCUCCCCACCGGCCGAUGGAGCGUGCGCAGGCGGAGGACCGCGCCGUGGCGAACGACGGCAACGGCAACCACCAAGAGGUCGCCUUCGCCGACGCGGGGGCCAUGGCCUGGUGCGGGUACCUCUUCGUGGCCGCGUCGGUGGCGGCCAUCUGCGCCGGCCUCACAGACACGCCGGGCGCGGCUCUCUCCGCCUACGCGCUCCUACUGCUCGGCGUCGUCUUCAUCAGCCUCGCUGUGCUCCCACUCCGGCCGAUGGAGCGUAUGCUGGAGGAGGAGAACCGCGCCGUGGGGAACGACAACCGCCAAGGGGACGAGGUCGUCGUCCUGGACGCGGGGACCAUGGCCUGGUGCGGGUACCUCCUCGCGGCCGCGCCGGUGUUGGCCACCUGGGCCGGCCUCGUCGACGGGCCGGUGGCGACCUUCUUCGCCUACGUUCUUCUGCUGCUCGGCGUCGCCUCCAUCGGCCUCUCCAUGCUUGCGCCGGCCAAGCCCAAGAUUGCCUGACCGAUCCCGAGCAUGUUUGCAUCGAAUCGAUCGUCAGGUUUUCGUUUCAGGUGUCCCCCACCCCAGGCCCACACACACACACACACACACACACACACACAGAGAGAGAGAGAGAGAGAGAGAGAGAGAGAGAGAGAGAGAGAGAGAGAGCCUUAGUUAGGUUCAUGAGUGUAAUCCCCCCCCCCCCCGGGGGGGUUCGAGGAAUGCGUCAGAGUUUUGGGUUAGGUUCAUGAGAGUGAUGAAAAUGUACCAGUUUUCGCGGGAAUUCCGGCUGUCAUUUGAGUUCCUUCAUGUGUCUGCUGAGUGAAUUACUGCCACAGUUUCGUAGUACUGGUCUAAGAUGCUUAAUUUCAAUUCUGUUCAUGCCUUCAUGGGAAGGAUUA